CAUAAUAUUCAAAAGUCUGAAAAAAUAUGCUAUUAUUUACAAAACAUUAAUUCAAAACCAGUUUGAUUUUUGUUGCUUUGCUUCCGCUUGACUUUCUGAUCUAUGAUAGCUUUUUUUCUGCUUAUUUUACUGUUUUCUUAGUACAACUAAUUUUCAUACCGUUAGAAAAUGUAUAAAAAAUAUAUAAAUAAUGUCGCUCAUAGAUGACGUCACGACGCGAACUCUUUCUGUCGCACAUUGUUGAGGUCACAAUAGCGUCGCCAUUUUCGCUGCUCUUUGUACGCCUCCGUCUGCUAAGUCCCUCUUGCUUUUAGCACGGUUUUUGUCGACUUUUUAAUUCACACUUGUUGACAAAACAUGCAAGGCUACAGAGGCCCCCAACAGAACCACGGCCCCAACCGUCCGGGGAACCACUUCAAAGGCGACGGGCCCAACAGCAACGGACAGCAGCCGGAGCCUAGCGAGCAGACCAGCCCCAACGCGGGCUUGACGCUGGACCCGCAGAGCUUCAGGAAGCCCGGAGAGAAAACCUUCACCCAGCGGAGCAGGCUGUUCGUGGGGAACCUGCCCACCGGAGUCACCGAGGAGGAGCUGGUCAAGCUGUUCGCGAAGUACGGGAACGCCAGCGAGAUCUUCGUCAACAAGGACAGGGGGUUCGGGUUCAUCCGCCUGGAGACCAGGAUCAUCGCGGAGAUCGCCAGAGCGGAGUUGGAUGAUUUCGUGUUCAAAGGCAGACCCAUCCGGGUGAGGUUCGCCACACACGGCGCCGCUUUGUCCGUGAAAAACCUCCCGGAGUUUGUGUCCAACGAGCUCCUGGAGGAGGCCUUCUCCGUCUUCGGCCAGAUAGAGAGGGCUCUGGUGAUCGUGGAUGACCGGGGCAGGCCCACGGGGAAAGGCAUCGUGGAGUUCACCGCGAAGCCAGCCGCUAGGAAAGCUCUAGAUAAGUGCAACGACAGCGCCUACCUCCUCACAGCGUUCCCCCGGCCCGUCACCGUGGAGCCCAUGGAGCAGUACGACGAGGACGAGGGUCUGCCGGAGAAGCUGAUCAACAGGAACCAGCAGUACCACAAGGAGCGCGAACAGCCCCCGCGGUUCGCCCAGCCCGGCUCGUUCGAGUACGAGUACGCCAUGCGCUGGAAAGCCUUGAUGGAGAUGGAGAAGCAGCAGUACGAGAUGGUCGACCGCAACAUGAAGGAGGCGCAGGAGAAGCUGGAGGCCGAGAUGGAGGCGGCCAGACACGAGCACCAGGUGAUGCUGAUGAGGCAGGACCUGCUGAGGAGACAGGAGGAGCUGCGGAGGAUGGAGGAACUCCACAACCAGGAGGUGCAGAAGAGGAAGCAGGCCGAGCUGAGGCAGGAGGAGGAGCGCCGGAGGAGAGAAGAGGAGAUGAGGCUGCGCAACGAGGAGAUGAUGAAGAGGCAGCAGGAGGGCUUCAGGGGCGGCUUCCCCGAGAACAGAGAGCAGGAGAUGAGGAUGCACAUGGGGGGCCACGGCAUGGCCAUGAACAGAAAUUCCCUGGGUGGGAACUCGGGUGCCGCCGGCGCUGCUGGCAUGGCCGCCGAGAGCGCUCCCAUGAUGGCGGGCUCAGGUAGCGGCAGCCUGCCCGGAGGGGGCCAGGGCGGCUUCCCCAGAGGGCUCCCCGGCCCCGGAGACUAUAGCAAGCAGCGCAGAUUUUGAAUCACAUGUCUGUAACAACCCCCCCACCCCCCUCCUCAUUUUUCAGCUCACUGUAUGUUAAAGUUUAAGGUAGUGGAUGUUACCCUUGAACUUUUUAAAAACAACAUUUUUUUGUACUUUUUCUGGUGUUUUUUGAGUCGUUUCAGUACUAAUGUGUUUUUCCGAAUGAGCCAUGCAUUUUACGUUAUUUCUGAUUUUUUUGUAGGGUAGAUAAUGUUUUUGGUCCUGAAUAUGUUACAUUUUCUGUAAUAAAUUCAUAAUUCCUUUAAAAAAGAAGAAGAAAGUGUUUCAUUCAGGAUAGAAAAGCUUCACAGCACAAUGGCGGCUAAUAUUUUUCAUCACACACCAACAACCUCACUUUUAAUAACUACACUUGUUAGGAUGUUCCUGUCUGCUACAGAUUUACAAUCAUCACUGUGGUCUGACUGGCUGAUCCUCAUACAGAUACCAGCUCUUAAACGUGUUUUCUUACAGUUGCAGAAAAUACAUUCAAAUUGUUUGUCAAGAUGUCCCCAUGUGAAUCAGCGUAUUGGACACUACAAAACGUCAAAAGCAGACGGCUUCUUUUCCUAUUUAUAUUUUGUAGAAAGGGCAUAAAAACUUAGAGAUGCUCCUGAUUCUUUACUGGAGAUUGUCUGUCAAAAUCGUCACACAGGAGAAAAAAAAUUUACUGCUAAUUAUAUUAUGCCACAUAGUUUUGAAUCCAAGGGAAAUUUGAAUUUGAAUAAACUGAUCAUCCACAGUUAUGCAUUAAAGAAUGUCCUUGUAGUUUAUCUGACUUGUUAUUAAAUGCAGAAAUGUGCACAAAA